AUGGUCCGCGGUCUCGGUCAGGAGCAAAACGGCCACCCCUUUCGGGUCACUAGCGGCACAACCCACGGCCCAAUCUCGACCAAGGAUCCGCGGGGGAAGAAGCACUCGCCGGAGGCUUCCCUAGGUAGAGGGCACCCGGGACUUGGAGGUAACGAGCUUGGAGGGCACCUGACGCCUGGGGAAUCCGCGUCGUCAUCGCCAAGAGAGUCAGGGGCUGGGCGAAGGAGGAGCCGCGGCAGGACGACCACCAUCCCCCGCCGGAGGGCUCCGCGAACGAGAAUCGCCGAAGUGGUCGAUUUUGGAGCUAUCGGGUUCCGGGGAGAUCCGGCACGCUAG